AUGGCGAAAUUGAAACAACAAGCUCGGCCUCCGGGCAGCUCCAAAUCAUCGCAAAAACUUUUGAUGCCAUAUUCAUACUUCAUAAUCAUUUCCGUUGUGGGAGCUUUAGCUGCUUAUGCUUACUUCCACUGGCCCUCAAAGGAUUCCACACUAAUAAAAUUCUUGCCACCUAUUCAACUUGCUGAGCAGCCUAAGAAGACAAUAUGGGGAUCGUUUCGCUCACAAAACUACUUUGGAUUACGGACGAAAACCCCGAAAGGGAUGCUAUUUGGAAUGGCUUGGUACAGCCAGCCUUCGAUGAUGUCAAUGCCAAAUAUGCGACAUGUUUGUGAUCAAGGAGAUGGACUAAAUCAUUAUGCAUGGACCAAAGCCGAUGGACGCUCGUUUGGCCAACAAAUUGUGAACGACUCUUCGGGCCUGAUUUUGAAUACCGAUUGGAUUUCUCACGAAGACACUUUUACGGCGCGAAUUUCAGGAUUGCAGAAAAAUCCAAAACAAAGAACUGCUGUAAUUCUGUAUUUACUGAAACAGGACCCACAAGCCACUCUUUCUAUCAAUAAAAAGUUGAACGAUCGCCAUGUGAAACGAUUGUUUAAUGGUCAAUCGGACGAAUUUGGAAGUUACUACGUGGAUCUAUCGAUUUCUGCUCAUGGUGUAUAUUCUUCAACGCUCGGUGGAGCAUCGGUUGAUAUUACAAACAUACGAGAUUACUUUCUACGUCAUACGACCGCCGAUGAAACAAGUGACGGUCUCAUUUAUCAGCUGAACCAGCAAGAUGUUGUGGAAAAUCCUGUGAUUGCCGCAAUUCAAUUAAAUCUGCCCGAAAAGUUCGACUUAACGAUUUCGUUCAAUUCUCAGAACCACACCGCUUUGACAGAAAAAAGCUUUCUUGAAGCUCUAAAUGCAAGGGUCACCUCGUUUGAAGAAAAGAUAGAGGAGGCUUUCAAGUUGAAAAACAAGGGUUAUACAAACAAUGAGCUGCAUCUUGGGCAGCUUGCAUUGUCAAAUAUGUUGGGAAGUAUUGGAUAUUUCUACGGUCAUAAUAAAGUGCAACUUCCAGGAAGUGACAAGGUUCAAGCGUACGGCACCCAUUCUCUCGUAACGGCUGUCCCUUCACGCCCUUUCUUUCCUCGAGGAUUUCUUUGGGACGAGGGAUUUCACAAUAUGCUGAUUCGAAAGUUUGACCAAGAGCUUUCCCUCGAGAUACUCGUUUCAUGGUUAAACACAAUGAACGUGAACGGUUGGAUACCAAGAGAAAUGAUUCUGGGCGAAGAAGCUGAAUCUAGGGUGCCUGCAGAAUUUGUCAUUCAACGAUCGAAUGUUGCAAAUCCACCGAGCUGGUUUUAUGUUAUCUGGAAAAUGAUUGAGGAUAAAGAGUUUUCUGUAAAGCACAAGAAAGUCUUCGAGCAAAUUUAUCCUAAAGUCUCCAGAUGGUAUAAUUGGUUGAGGCAAAGCCAGAAAGGAGAUCAGAAGAAUACAUUCAGAUGGCGAGGAAGAAACGCGACAAUUGAGACGGAAUUAAACCCAAAAACCUUAUCUAGUGGACUUGACGACUAUCCUCGAGCAUCUCAUCCGUCUACUCAAGAGCGACAUCUCGAUCUUCGAUGCUGGUUGGCAAUUGCGAGUAGAGUAAUGGUUGAGCUGGCCAACCUUUUUGGUUCGGAGGCGGAAAAGAAACGUUAUGACGAAUACUUGAAGCAUGAUAGCGACUUUGAAGAUCUUGUUGAAAAGCAUUGGAGUCAUGAAGCUAAGGCUUUCGUGGAUUAUGGUUUGCACAGUUACGACGUCGAAUUGAAACGGGUCCCAUUAAAAAAGAAAGGAAAGCAGCCUGAGGAGUGGAUUUGGAAACGCGUUAGCGAGAAGCCUCAAUUGAGGAUGGUGGAUGAUGUAUUUGGCUACAAUAGUUUGUAUCCACUUAUCGCACGACUUAUUCCACCAAAUUCUGAAUAUAUGGAACACACGCUGAAUAGGAUACGCGAUGAAAAGGAAUUGUGGACCAAUUUUGGGCUUCGAUCACUCUCCAAACAGUCUCCAUAUUACGGACAAAAGAACACCGAACACGAUCCACCUUAUUGGAGAGGCUAUAUUUGGAUCAAUCUCAACUAUUUGACCUUAUCCGCUCUGAAUCAUUACUCGGGAGUACCGGGCCGACUUCAAGAGAGGACGCAACAAAUUUUUACGGAGCUUCGUCAAAACAUUGUUAGAAAUAUGGCCGAGGAGUUGCAACGAACCGGAUAUAUUUGGGAGAACUACGAUGACAAGACGGGUCGAGGCAGAGGGACACAUCCAUUUACUGGGUGGAGCUCUCUUGUGCUGAUGAUUAUGAGUGAUCAACUUGACGGG